AUGCAAGGUGAAAAAAAGAUUAGUAAUCAAAGUGAAAAAGACUCUAGAAAGAAUAGCAAACAAGUUGUUCCCGAAGUACUUCCAGAAAUCAGUUCCAAAUUACUGCCAGAGGUUGUUUCAGAAGUACUUCCAGAAGUCAUUUCCAAAUUACUGCCAGAGGUUGUUUUCAAAGUACUUCCAGAGGUUGUUUCCGAAGUCAUUACCGAAGUACUUCCAGAG